AUGGAGAGAGCUUGUUUCCUAUUCCCCAUUUUUAUGGCAAUUCUCAUGGUACAUUUUUACAAGGCAAGCCUAGUUAUUGCAAGUGUUCCCAACGUUACUACCGAUCAGUCUGCUCUUCUUGCUUUAAAAACUCAAAUUUCUUAUGAUCCUCGCAAUAUUUUGACAAACUGGUCCGCUGGCACGUCUGUUUGCAGUUGGAUCGGUAUCACUUGUGGUUUACGUCAUCAUCGAGUCACGGCCUUGAACCUUUCUUACAUGGGUCUCAUAGGCACCAUUCCUCCACACAUGGGGAACCUCUCAUUUUUAGUUAGCCUAAGCGUAAAAAAUAACAGUUUUCAUGGCUCUAUGCCCAACGAGUUGGCUCGUCUUUACCGGUUGCGACACUUAUCUAUUGAAUUCAAUGAUUUCAAAGGAGAAAUCCCAUCAUGGAUGGGGCUAUUAUCCAAACUUCAAUAUUUGUCUCUAAGCGGUAACAGUUUCACAGGUAGUAUUCCACCAUCUCUAUCUAACAUAUCUUCAUUGGAAAUAAUAAGUAUUGAAUAUAACAUUCUUUCAGGCUCCAUUCCUUCUUCCAUCUUCAACAUAUCCACUUUGCAAGGAAUUUAUCUAAGAGAGAACAAGCUUUCUGGUUCGGUGCCCUCCAUUAUCUUCAAUAUGUCUUCAGUACUGGAAGUCAUAGAUCUUCACACUAACGAGUUGUCUGGUGAACUUCCAGAAGAUAUGUUUAAUCAUCUUCCCAAAUUACAACGGCUUGAUGUGUCUUAUAAUCAGUUUCAUGGAAAAAUUCCAUCCACUUUGUUCAAGUGCAAACAAUUGCAAUAUUUAUCACUAUGGGAUAAUAGUUUUACGGGGGGAGUACCUUCGAAAAUUGGGAACUUAACCAUGCUUACUAAGCUAUACCUUGGCUAUAACAACUUUGAAGGUACUAUCCCAUCUACUUUGUUUAAGUGCAAACAACUACAAAUUCUGUCAUUGCCAGUUAAUAGAUUCACAGGAAGUGUACCUUCUGAAAUUGGGGACUUAAUCAUGCUCACAGAAUUAUACCUUUUCGAUAAUAGCAUUGGAGGUGCAAUACCAAAUGAGAUUGGUAAUCUACAAAACCUUGAGAUCUUUUAUAUCGGUAUCAACAACUUCAAUGGUUCAAUUCCAUUUGAAAUCUUUAAUAUCUCAACAAUGAGAGUAAUUGGUAUGCCUUUCAAUAACCUCUCAGGCCAUCUUCCAUCAAAUGCAGGCCUCUUCCUCCCAAAUCUUCAGCAACUUUUUCUUGCAGUUAACAAACUGAGUGGAACAAUACCUAGCUCUAUCUCCAAUGCUUCGAAACUCACUCUAUUAGAUCUAGGAAACAACUCAUUCUCAGGCUUAAUUCCUGAACCACUCGGUAAUUUAAGGCUCCUCGAGUGGCUCGUCCUAGCAGGAAAUAAUUUGACCAUUGAAUCAUCUACUCUAGAAUUUAACUUUUUCUCUUCUUUGUUGAAUUUGGCAUAUCUAAAUAUUUUAGACUUGUCAGAUAAUCCAUUGAAUGGCGUCCUUCCUAGUUCCAUUGGAAAUCUCUCCACUUCUCUUCAAGAACUUUACAUAGGUAAUUGCAAUAUUAAGGGCAUCAUUCCAAGAGAUAUAGGAAAUAUGAGCAACUUGAUGACUUUGGCUUUAGAUCUCAAUAAAUUGGAUGGACCUAUUCCAACUACAAUGGGAAGAUUGCACAAGCUUCAAGCUCUCGAUCUUUUUAAUAAUAGACUAGAAGGUCCCAUCCCAUCCGAUCUUUGUCAUUUAGAGAGCUUGUUCAAUUUGGAUUUAAGUAGUAAUGAGCUUUCUGGACCUAUUCCUACAUGUGUAAAUAGUCUCACAUCUCUAAGAUAUCUUCACUUAGACUUCAACCAAUUAACUUCCACGAUUCCCUUGAGCUUGUGGAGCCUUACAUAUAUCUUGGAGGUCCAACUCUCAUCAAAUUAUCUAAGUGGCCCUCUCUCAUUAGAGAUUGGAAAUUUGAAGGUCUUGACAGUAUUAGAGUUAUCAAGAAAUCAACUAUUUGGUCAUAUCCCAGCAACAAUUGGUGGCCUCAAAAAUCUAGCUAAUCUCUCCUUGGCGAACAAUAAAUUCAAAGGCUCAAUUCCUGAAUCAUUUGGUGAACUAGUAAGCUUGGAAUUCUUGGAUCUUUCUAGUAACAAUUUAUUUGGAGAGAUUCCCACUUCCUUAGAAGCGCUUUCGUAUCUCAAAUAUCUAAAUGUCUCUUCCAAUAGACUGGGGGGAAAAAUUCCUGUAGGAGGACCAUUUGUACACUUCUUCGCUGCAUCAUUUAUGUCAAAUGAUGGACUUUGUGGUGCUCCCCGAUUUCAAGUUCCCCCAUGUAAAGAAGGUGUUUCUCGACCCAAAAAGACUGCAGCAGUACAUAUACUAAAGUAUGUAUUACCAACAAUUGGAUUAAUAAUGCUUGUAGUUGCUCUUGUAUUAGCAUGGACAAGAUGCAGAAAAAGGAAUGCAAAACUUCCAAUGGAGGCAAACUUGUUUCCACUAGCAACAUGGAGAAGAAUUUCACAACAAGAACUUUUACAAGCAACAAAUGGGUUCAGUGCAAGCAACUUACUUGGUAAAGGGAGCUUUGGAUCAGUAUACCAAGGGACACUCUCAGAUGGAAUGGUUGUUGCUAUAAAAGUUUUCAACUUGGAAAUAGAAGGGACAUUCAAGAGUUUUGAUACCGAGUGUGGGGUACUAUGUAAUAUUCGUCAUCGGAAUAUUCUCAAAAUCAUCACCACUUGUAGUAAUAUGGACUUCAAAGCUUUUAUAUUUGAAUACAUGCCUAAUGGGAACCUAGACAAGUGGUUGUAUUCUCAAGACUGCUCUUUGAGUAUCUUACAAAGACUAGAUAUAAUGAUUGAUGUCAUCUCAGCACUGGAAUACCUUCAUUAUGGCUAUUCAACACCUAUUGUUCAUUGUGAUUUGAAGCCGAGUAAUAUCUUAUUAGAUGAAGAUAUGGUAGCACAUGUUGCUGAUUUUGGCAUUGCCAAGUUGUUAGGUGAUGGGGAUUCUAUGAUGCAGACCAUGACUCUUGCUACUAUUGGGUAUAUGGCACCAGAGUAUGGAUCAGAAGGGGUUGUCUCUACAAGAGGUGAUGUGUACAGUUAUGGUAUUUUGCUGAUGGAAACUUUCACAAGAAAGAAACCUACAAAUAACAUUUUUGCUGGAGAAAUGAGCUUGAAGCGUUGGGUAGAGGAAUCAUUACCCCAUUCAGUAACUAAUGUUGUUGAUGCCUAUUUGUUAAGAACAGAAAGAGAUUAUGCUUCUAUGGAGAAUUGUAUGUCAUCCAUAAUGGGAUUGGCUUUGCAGUGUUGUGCUGAGUUACCUGAACAGAGGAUUAAGGCAAACAAUAUUUCAAUCAUACUCAACAAAAUUAAAUUGAAGUUUCUGCACAAUACGGAAGGAAGCUAA